AUGACUCAGCUUCUCUGGGAAACCUGUUCUGAAUUUGGCAACACUCACAGUAAAAGUGCAGUAGCCCUGCAGAAGCAGAGCUUUACAUGCUUUUAUAACAAUGCUUAGCUGGUGGCCUAGGACAUUGUGUUCUGCUGCUGCCUCCUGUCACACAUGCUGUCCAUCUGCUGUCAUUUGUCCUGUCACUGUCUGGUGGUCAUUUUUUAUGCAGGCCUGAACAGCAUCAUGUGGCAGAAUCUGCCUCAGCAGAAGGCACUGAAACUAAGCAAUGACCUCAGCUUUCCUGAAUGCUGCCUCAUCUGUGCAAAAACCUUCCUGCCCAGGUUUAUGUGCAAGAGUUUUGUCAGGAAAGAUUUUGCCCCUUUGAUUACUCAGGAGGAGAAAGUAGACAGUUUCCACUUGUUUUCCCUUCCCAGAACCUUCCCCUGGUUUGAUUUGACAGCUGUGCCACUGAGAAAGUCUCUCUUUAGCCAGCUGCUAGAAAAAGAGCUUGUCUGGUGCCAUCUGAUGCCUGGUGCUCUACUGUACCAGGCACCCUCUGGAGACUGUCCUAUAAAGCAAUGUGGGCUGGUCAGCACCAAGACAUCUCUCACUUCAGGUGUAGUGGAGCCUAGUGUGAUACUGGAUGACAAGUCUCCAUUCUCCACAGCUGCUUCCAAUAGUUUCUCAGAAAUUCCAAAGGAAAAUGCUGAGUAUGAUUCUAAAUCUUCAUAAACCAUAAUGAAGCCCGUGAGG